ACAGAGCAGAUACAUAUAGGUUUGAACAAGGAAGACAGAAACAGACCUAAACAACAAGUGCGUUAUGUGACCCUGUCCAAGAUGAUAUUUCUUUUAGUUAGUCUCUUCCUUGGGAACAUUCCUUCCUUUGCAUUUUCUGCGUCAUCCCAACCAAAAAUUAACUGUCUUAUCAUAAAUCUGGACUAUGUUAAUUGCACAUGGACUGAGCAUGAGCACCGUUACAUUUUCAAGAGCAUGUUUACUCAUAAGGAAAUUUUGGACUGUCCAGAGUAUCUAAGGAUUGAUGGUGUUAACACGGUCUGCAAGUUCCCCUACAUAAAACCACAACGGUUUAAUGACUUAAUUACAUGGCUGUACAGUGACAAUGGCAGUUUGGUGACAGAGCAGAAACAUAUGCUCAAAGAAUAUGUGAAGCUUAACCCUCCGUUCAACCUGUCCGUGAUGGAGAAAAAAGACACUGAACUAUGGCUGUACUGGAAUAAUUCAAAGAACGACAGCUGCAUUGAGAGUGAAGUUCGUCACAGGACAGACAACAAUCCAUGGAAGAACACCACUCCAAGCAGAAGGACUACUUUCAGUUUGCCUUUCCCUGCAAAAAAACGCUAUGAGUUCCAGGUCAGGGCUCGAAUAGAGUCAUCCUGCGGAGAGUCCAAGUUUUGGAGCGACUGGAGUGAGCCUGUCUACUGGGGAUCUUUAAAGACCAACGACACUUCAGGGGGUUUCCCCAUGUCUGUGAUGUCACUGGUGCUGUGUACAGCAGGAGCCACAGUUAUUCUCAUCAUACUGUCCUGCUUGCUCGUCCAUAGCGAGAGGCUAAGAAUAAUUUUAAUACCAGUGGUACCAAAUGCAGGACGAAAUGUAAGCAAAUACCUUGCAGCCCUGUUUGACAAUUAUGAUGGCAAUGUUGAGAAAUGGCUGUCCAUGCCCAAAGAUCUGGAGAAUGGCUUCAAACCCAAUUUCACGGAGCGUGCCUGUCCUGUGCGCGAGUACAGGACAGUGUCCCAGUCCAGCACUGACAGCGAAAGCAUCCUCUCAAACCCAACAGACCUGUCAUCAGAUUACCAGUGCAUGCAUAGCUACUCAUCAGCCUCCACCAUACCUGGGUCUUCUGAAACCAUACAACCCCAAGAUCUGUCGCAAGUGGAUAAUCCAGUCUAAAUCUUCACCUUAAUCGGAAGUUAUUAAAGUCGAGAGUUUAGAAAUGAGUGUCUUUGACAUUUAGUUUUGAAACUAAAAUCCUGAAAAGAAAAGAGAAAAUACUUACACCUCAAAAAGGGGUGAUGCAUAUGUUAUAUGGUGAAACCAAGUAAAAUCCUGUUUUGUUAUUUUGAAAAUACAUUUUUGCACUUAAAUAAUCAACUUGGAACAAGCAAUGAUAAACAUUUGAUUUGUUUUCUUAUGUUAAAGCAGGGUUAAUUUUGAUCCUUUUUGUGUUUUAUAUAGUCUGGAUUUUUUCUUUCUUUCUUGUAUUAAGUCAGGCUGAGUAGCAGCAUAGUGGUCAUGUGUUGUUUUUAUUUGUGUCAAAAGUAUAUUUUUUACUCACAAUAUUAUGUUUGCGGUUUUCCACAGUAAUGUAGAUGAGAUUUCUGUAGGGUCUCCCGAAGCAAGGCUUUUCUUUGCAAGCAGUGACCAUUGUAAAAAUUGUGACAGUGUAAAAUGUGUCUGUGAUAACAUAUAUACUUAGUACUAUGUAAAUUCUAGAAUCUGAUUUGUGUACUUCUCGGGAAAAUCCCAUCACCUAGCAACCCAGUAUUAUCUGAUUAUUUAGCUGACUGAUAUUUGUGAAUCAUGCUGCUGGCAAUCUGUAAUGUAGUUGAAGAAGUUUCACUUCGACUAGACCUAGCUCCAAAACUUUUUCAUAUCGUAUUGCAAAAGGCCCUAAAAAGGCACCUUAAAACUUAACAUUAUACAACAUUGAUAGCAAAUGUAUCUUGGUUAAUUGUUUAUUCAUUGUGUGUUUUCUUGAGGCUUUAUUUUUGCACUUUUAGAAUUUUGCUCGUCUGUAGUAUUCAUAGAAUUUUUUAACAUUCAGCAUACUUAUGAGAAUGUGAACUUGCCAUUUUAAAAUGAUUAUAUGUUUAAAGACAAAUGUGAUGCUUCAAGAAUGUAAUGCUUUUACAAUCUGAAUAAAAAGAUUGGAUCUGU